AAAACUCACCUCCCUUUGCUUCACCUCCCGACCCUCCGUCGCCUCCCAGCACCCGUUUCUUUUCUCUUUCUCUUCUUCUUCCUUUGGUUGCUUGACCGUAAUCACUCCUUCUGCCGGCUUCUUUCAACCUAAUUGUUUAAUUCCUUUGCCUUUCUCGGGUCAAUCGAGGAACAAGCCACCCAUCAUGAGCGGCCUUCGUUUCCUCGACUUGAUCAAACCCUUUACGCCCCUCCUUCCGGAGGUGGCAGCCCCCGAAACGAAGGUGCCCUUCAACCAGAAACUGAUGUGGACGGGGUUGACCUUGUUGAUCUUCUUGGUGAUGAGUCAAAUGCCACUUUAUGGAAUUGUCUCUUCAGAUACCUCUGACCCCCUUUAUUGGCUUCGAAUGAUGUUGGCCAGUAAUCGCGGAACACUGAUGGAACUGGGUAUUACUCCAAUCAUUUCGUCUGGAAUGGUCUUCCAGCUUCUUGCAGGAACCCACCUCAUCGAUGUCAACCUCGACCUCAAAACCGACCGUGAGCUUUAUCAAACUGCCCAGAAACUUUUUGCUAUCAUCCUGUCCUUCGGCCAGGCUUGCGUUUACGUCCUCACGGGUCUCUAUGGCCAGCCCAGUGAUCUUGGUGCUGGAAUCUGCGUCUUGUUGAUUGUCCAGCUUGUCGUCGCCGGCCUUGUCGUCAUUCUUCUGGACGAGUUGUUGCAAAAGGGAUAUGGUCUCGGAAGUGGUAUCUCGCUUUUCAUCGCGACUAAUAUCUGCGAGUCCAUCAUGUGGAAGGCUUUCUCCCCAACCACUUACAAUACCGGCCGUGGCCCCGAAUUCGAAGGAGCAGUUAUUGCUUUGUUCCACCUCCUGUUGACAUGGAAAGACAAGCAGCGAGCUUUGCACGAAGCUUUCUAUCGACAGAACCUGCCCAAUAUCAUGAACCUUCUCGCUACCCUGAUUGUUUUCGCCGCCGUCAUCUACCUCCAAGGCUUCCGCGUUGAAAUCCCGGUCAAAUCUUCUCGCCAGCGUGGCAUGCGUGGAUCCUAUCCCGUUCGUCUCUUCUAUACCUCCAACAUGCCUAUCAUGCUUCAGUCUGCCCUUUGCUCCAACAUCUUCUUGAUUAGUCAGAUGCUUUACUCCCGAUUCUCUGACAAUCUGCUCGUGAGACUUCUCGGAGUCUGGGAACCUCGUGAGGGUGGCUCCGCCCAGCUCCAUGCUUCUUCCGGUAUUGCGUACUACAUGUCCCCCCCGCUUAACUUCAAGGAGGCUCUCUUGGACCCGAUUCACACCGCUGUCUAUGUCGCUUUCAUGCUCGUUGCUUGUGCUCUCUUCUCCAAGACUUGGAUCGAAGUUUCUGGUUCAGCCCCCAGAGAUGUAGCCAAGCAGCUUAAGGACCAAGGACUUGUUAUGGCCGGACACCGUGAGCAGAGCAUGUAUAAAGAGCUUAAGCGUGUUAUCCCGACUGCUGCUGCAUUUGGUGGAGCAUGCAUUGGUGCCCUCUCCGUCGCCAGCGACCUUUUGGGCGCUUUGGGAAGUGGAACUGGUAUCUUGUUGGCCGUCACGAUCAUAUACGGCUACUUUGAAAUCGCAGCCCGCGAAGGUGACUUUGGCGCAGGCUUAAAAGGCCUUGUGCCUGGAAACUAGAUGACACAUUUAGUCCUAUGUAUGCAGGAUAAAACCUGUAUCGUUUCUUAAAUCUUCUAGAUUGUAUUAGUGCACAGUGGGUGCUCUCUUUAACAGGCCCUGUUUCGGCUUUGCAACCAUCGACCCAUGGGGCAACUUAGAAAUGGGGCAAAUUAUGUUCGAAUAUCUAUGAAAUUUUGCGUUUUUCCUCCUUCCUACCAGAGCGGGCACCCCAAAAGCGAGGUCUUCUAUCUGUGUAUAUAUGCCAAACCGUUCGAAUCGAUGAAAUAAACUAAUGAUCAUGGACCUGGUGCGAAAGCGAUGGACUUGAGAAAAAAGUACAAGGCGCACCUACACAGACCUUGUCUAUGCAAUGGCCCAACAUGGGAUACUUUAAGCUUGCUCAAUCAAAAGGGGAUAAAGAAAAGGCGUUCGAAAUUCUUUGGAUGGUAUUCCGUGCUCAUGCUUUUUACGUUCGA